CACAAGCAAACGUCUUUCUCUCCUUUCUCUUCGCCCCUUCAAGAAAUCAUGACAUCGGAAGUAAGUUUCCCAUAUGAAGCAAUAGCGGUCAAGAAAUACAAAUCACCUCAUAAGAAUGAUUUAAGUUUUGCAAAAGGUGAUCGUCUUCGGGUUACAGCUCUUGCUCCAAAAGAUGAUGAUGAGGAAGAAGAGGAUGAUGAUGAAGAUGAUCGUUGGCUGAUUGGAGAAACACUAGAUGGUACAAAGACUGGAACGUUUCCUGCUAGCCAUGUAGAGCAGGCUCCCGCAUCUGCUCCACUUGCCGAUUCGGUGGAGGAGGGAACCACUACAACAGAGUCUGCUGAUGUGCUUUCUCCAACAUCGGCUGUCAAACCUGAAGGAGUAUCAGAAGCUACUAGCGAUCAAGUCCCAAAAGCAGAACCUGUAACGGAAAUACCCGCCAAAUCAGAAGCAGACACAGCCGGUCUCAAAGAGGCGGAGCAAGAUAAAGCAGCGCCAAUUCCUGCUCCCGUUGAACCUGCAAAGAAGCCAUCUUCACCUCCCUUGGCACCAAAGCCAAGCGGUUUAGCAGCUAGAAUUGCUGCAUUCAACAAACCCCAAGACGCUCCUCCUCCCAUCCCAAGAGGCAAGCCAGGAGGUGGUUGGAAACCUCCACCGCCUGCACCUGGUGGCUCUAAGCCCAUCUUGCCUGGCCCUUCAGCCGCUCAAUUGAACAGGACGACGAAUCGAUCAGCAGACAAAGUAGCAGCUAGUAUGACUACCGAACAGACCACAACACCAGAAUCGGUCGUCAAAUCGCAAAAGGAUAAGUCCAAUGCUGGAUUUAGUGCUGCAGAUGCUCAGACCAGCAUUAAAAUGAGCUUGAAAGAGCGCAUGGCAGCAUUACAACGUAACGAAAGUUCAUCUUCCCAACGUGAGGCAGCAGCCGCAAAACCAGCUCCAAAGCCAGCUCCUGGCAAGAUUGAUGAAGAGAAAAGAGCCGCAGCUUUGGCCUCAAUGGGAAGUCCGACCAAACAGGAUACAGAGGAACCUGUCGCAGGAGAAAAAGAGGACGCAAGUGAACUUCCUCUUCAAAAUGAUGAAAGCGAAGCACAGCCCAAGGAAGUAUCGACCGAAUCAGAAGAAGCGGCUGCAGUACAAAUAUCAACAACGACUGAAGAUGGAGAAGAAAAGACAGAAGAAGAAAUCGAAGCAGAAAGGAGAGCUGCAAUCGCAAAGAGAAUGGCAGCUUUGGGCGGUAGAAGAAUGGGUGGCGGUUCAGGUCCUGCUAUGUUUGGAGGGCCCGCACCUCCCUCUAAGCCCAGGAAACUAUCUACUGAUUCUCGUUCUACACUAGAUGCCUCCAGCGAUGUAGGCACUAAGGAUAGUGUCGAUGAGGUUACUGCACCAGCUGCUAUUGAUCAGGAUAAGGAAGAGGAAGUGAUUAAAUCAGAAAAGACUCUCGCUGUCCCUCGACGAACAGCUCCGCCAAGAAAGAAGAAGAGCUCAAUAUCUUCUCAGCCUAGCAGUGCAUCUCCAUCAACAGAUGAGCCUGCUAGACAGCAGAGCAUUGAAGAAGGUCAAGAAGAAAAGGAGGAAGUUGAUCCUUCGACCUCUAAAACUGAAGGACUGGCAGCGGGUGCAGCUGUAGCGGGGGCAGCAGGUAUCGGAGCAGCAGCCUUGACUGAAGAACCAAAGUCUACACUUGACGAGGACAAAGAGGAAGAAAAGCCAGUGGCACCGCAAGUCAUUGAACCUGAAGCAGACGACGCACCAACCACCCUUUCAGAGAGGAGACCGACACAAGAUUCAAUCGUUAGCCGAAAGACGGAACAAUCAGCCAUCACAGAUGCAGACAGCUUUGAGCCUAGCACGCCUGUUUCGCAAAGCGAAUUGGAAGAACAUGCACGAUUACUGGAGGCCUUUGUAAGAACACCUGAAGUUGAGUCAAAUCAACCGGAGCUGACAAAUGAAGACGAGGAUGAGCUCAAUACACCUGCGCCGAAUCUUGCUGAGGGGGAUCCAAUUGUAGAUCGAGCAGCAAUCGCCUCACCUCCUCCGCCAAACAUUGCUCCGCCUCCUGCACCAAGCGCAAGACCUCCUGUUCCAAAAUCUUCUCUCCCACCAUCGGCAGCGGAGGAUGAUGACACUAUUCAAAGAUUUACAUCACCACCACCAAGUCGAGCUCCUCCAGUACCCAGAUCGUCCCUGCCGCCUGCACAAAAAGAUGAUGACGCUAUCCAAAGAUUCACGUCACCACCUCCAAGCCGAGCUCCUCCAGUGCCCAAAUCAUCUCUACCGCCUGCACAGGAAGAUGAACCUCGAACGUUGUCUCCUGCGCCAACACGCGCUCCUCCGAUACCAACCGCUUCACCGGUUGGGAGAAGAGAAUCAUCUUUGAUGGCAAGUGUAGAAGGUUUGCAAGAUGAUGUUAGUAACACAGAAGAGGUAGAAGCACCUUCAGCUCCUGUUUUGGCUGCUCCGAAACCACGAAUGGCAGUUCCCGCAGACGAAUCAGACGAUGAAGAAGAGAGGGAGGCACAGCAACCUGCACAAAAAGAGGAAACCGCACCUGCGCCUGCAGAAGAGCUUACAGAAGAAGAAGAAGAACGUCAAAGAAGAAGCCGUUUAGCCGAGCGGAUGGCACGUAUGGGCGGUAUGCCAAUUAUGGGAGCACCAAUGCCAUUCAGAAAGCCUCCAAAGCCUGCGGCAGAGCCUGAAGAGGAGGCUGAAGUUGAAGAGCAACCGACACCGAGCGAGCCUAUUGAACAGGAUGAUGAAGAGGAGGAAGGUAGAGAAUUGGAUCCUGUGCCAUCCGAAUCUCCUGAUGAAGAAGAAGAGCAACCCAUCAUUCCACUUACUGCAUCAAGAUCUGCUAUCGCGAGUCCACCUCCCAUCCCCACCAAGAGUCCGCCUCCACCAGCCAGGUCACCAGAUAUGGCCAAGAGAGCAUCUCAGUCAUUUGGUCUGGGAGGAGAUUUGGCAAGAUCCGGAUCUACAAGAGCUCGUCCUCCUGUACCUGUUGUUUCACAUUCUCGAGGUGCAACGAAUGAAGAGAUUGCAGAAAUGGAAGCAGCUGCAGAUCCUGUCGCAAGUCAAGAACCGCCAAGAAUCGCCAGUCCACCAGCAUUGCCUUCCAGUCCACCUCCAAGACCACCUUCGCGUGCUCCUCCUGGACGUCAAGGAUCGAUUGCUUCCAUCGGACAAAUUCAUCAAGACUCAUCAGCCGAUGGAGGAUUGGCAAGAGUACCUUCUGUAAAGUUAGAUCGUUCAAGCUCAAUUGGUAGUGCCAAAGCACCUAUGUCUUCUUCUCUCAUGGGCGUACAACCUUCUGCUCCAUCUGCGCGUGAUAUUGACUUGAUGCCUAGCAGUCAAUGGUGGCGUCACGGUCGUCCAGUCAAGCUACCGCCAACAUUGAUGAGACCAGAUGCAGUACGCACCGUCAAUGUGCAAGAUGAGGGUUCCACGCAUCUGAUUCGAGUGGAUUUGAUAUUUGAAGAUUAUAGCUCAACUGCGAUCUCUGUCAAAUAUCAAGACGAUGAUGCAAAUGAAGAACAUACGGAGAUUGCACAAAGACAUAACUUUGCACCUGGAAGGCCGCAAGCACAAGAAAUGGUGUCAUGGUCACAACAUCUCGGAUCGAGAAUUGCACGUCAAGCCUCUACAUUUUUAACAAAAGGACAACAAAUGCAGCUUGGGGACGGUACAUCAAGAGGUUUCAUUACUGCUUUAAUUGCACUGUCCACGAAUGAAAACGCACUACCACCCGUUGGUUCUUCUUUUGGUGCAAUUGUACUUGCUCAAGCAGCAACAACACCUGUCGACCAAGGAUCCGAUGAAAUUCGACCGGGUGAUAUUGUUGCCCUGCAUGGUGCAGAUUUUAAGGGAAAGCGUGGUUUGACACCUUACCAUGUCACAUACGGAACAGCACAAGAACCUGCGUUUGCUUGUGUAUUGGAAGCAACAUCAGAAUCAUCAAAGAAGCGUAAAUUACGUUGUAUCUUGGUUCCAACUUCUUCCGCAACCGGAAAACCUUCUAAAUCUGGCCUUCCUGAAGAGGUCACUUUACGUUUAGAUGAUGUCAAAAGCGGUCUAUUGCGAGUAUUCCGAGUUGCACCCAAACAUGGCUGGCUUCCGGAAUGAGGCGUAGAAGCCAAUCUAUUUCUGUACUGGAUUUGCACAAAUAAAUAU